CCAGCCGGUGGAGGCGGCGCAGCUCCGGCGCCACGGCAACCACUGUUCGGUUCGAUGCCAUGACAACCACGGCAAGUUCAUGGCGGAACCCUCAACACCGGCAGUAGCUGUCAGACCUGAACAGCACGGUACAAGCCAUCCACCGAACCUAGGAAGCAGCAGCACAAGACUGGAACCUUUCCACAUAUCUUUGAAUUGUUCUACAUACUGAAAACUUUCAAGUAUUUGCCACAUUCACUCCAGUCAAGGGGAGCUCGCUCUCUCUCAGGAUCUAUUACUGAACAGCCAUUCUCCACCCCCCAAAAUGUUCUCUAAUUAUACAGUGCUUUUUGGCUUCUUGCUGUGACAGUGAAUGUCAUCAAGACCUCAAAUUCUGGGUAAACAUAAAGUUUGGCAAUGGCAUUUUUAAUUUUUUUUGAAGAACAAUUCUGAGAAGAGCAGUUCUACAAAAUAAGCACGUAUUGAACGGGCAUAGUGUUGGUACUCCUUACCACUGGAGCUCUAGGUCCAAAGUUCUUAUGCUGUUCUCCUACCUCUUGCUCCUCUGAUUUCCUGUUUCUACCAAAGGGCCAAGCUGAAGUUCAGUGGGUCUAGCAUUAUGAAAAUCGUCUGAUUGCUGAGCUCCGACCACCGAAGGAAUACAGAAUCCACACCAUAGCAUCCUGUCUAGCCCUCUAAUUAAAUGCUAAUAUAGGCAGUGCAACAGCUAAGUCAGAAAGAGUGAGGAUAUCUGCUUGUUAAAAAAAAAAAAGCUGGGGUCAUUUGGAAAUCGCCAGCAUCUGCCACAGUGAUGUCAAUGCCUGGUGUUUCCAUGGAGACCCCUGCUGCCGGUCAUGACCAGCUCAUCCAUCACACUAGAGCCCAAUGGCCCAACUGUACUACAAGAAGGCCCAGCCUUCGCCCUACCGUGACCGCAUCCCGCUGCAGGUGGUGCGGGCAGAGCUGGAGCUGUCGCCAGAGGAGAAGGCCUACCUGAUGGCCGUGGAGAAGGGGGACUACGUGGGCGUCCAGCAGGCCCUCCGAGGGGCCGAGCUCUACUACGACAUCGACAUCAACUGUGCCGACCCACUGGGACGCACGGCGCUGCUCAUCGCCAUUGAGAAUGAGAACUUGGAGGUGAUGGAGCUCCUGCUGGAGCACGGUGUGCGGCUGGGUGAUGCGCUCCUCUAUGCCAUCCGCAAGGAGGUGGUGGGAGCUGUGGAGCUGCUGAUGUCCCACCGCCGACCUAGUGGCGAGAAGCAGGUCCCUCCCCUGAUGGACAUCCAGUUUUCAGAGUUCACCCCGGACAUAACGCCUAUCAUGCUGGCUGCACACACCAACAACUAUGAGAUCAUCAAGUUACUGGUGCAGCGUGAGGUGACUCUGCCACGGCCGCACCGCAUCCACUGUGCAUGUGUGGAGUGCAUCUCCAGCUCCGAGGCCGACAGUCUGCGCCACUCCCGCUCUCGCCUCAAUGUCUACCGGGCACUGGCCAGCCCAUCACUCAUCGCCCUCUCCAGUGAGGACCCCAUCCUUACCGCUUUCCGCCUGGGCUGGGAGCUCAAGGAGCUCAGCAAGGUGGAGAACGAGUUCCGUCAGGAGUAUGAGGAGCUGUCUCAGCAGUGCAAGCGCUUCGCCAAGGACUUGCUGGACCAGGCACGCAGCUCCCGUGAGCUGGAGACCAUCCUGCACCACCUCGGUGACCAGGCUGAAGACCCAGGCCGCAGCCCGGACAGCCAUGACCUGGCCAAGCUCAAGCUGGCAAUCAAGUACCACCAGAAGGAGUUUGUGGCCCAGCCCAACUGUCAGCAGCUACUGGCCACACUCUGGUACGACGGCUUCCCUGGAUGGCGCCGGCGACACUGGGCAGUGAAGCUUCUGACCUGUGCCACUAUAGGCCUGCUCUUCCCUUUGCUGUCCCUGAUGUACCUGCUGGCACCUCGGAGCUCACUGAGCCUCUUCCUUAGGAAGCCUUUCAUCAAGUUCAUCUGCCACACAGCCUCCUACCUGACCUUCCUCUUCCUCCUGCUGCUGGCAUCACAGCAUAUCGCCCGUACCAACCUGCAUGUCCAAGGUCCUCCACCUACACUGGUGGAGUGGAUGAUCCUGCCCUGGGUGCUCGGGUUCAUCUGGGCAGAGAUUAAAGAGAUGUGGUCCGGGGGCUUCACAGAGUACAUCCACGACUGGUGGAACCUGAUGGAUUUUGCCAUGAACUCUCUCUACCUGGCCACCAUCUCCCUCAAGAUUGUGGCAUAUGUCAAGUACAACAGUUCACGACCACGGGAGGAGUGGGAGAUGUGGCACCCAACACUGAUCGCUGAGGCCCUGUUCGCCAUUGCCAAUAUCUUCAGCUCUCUGCGGUUGAUCUCUCUCUUCACGGCUAACUCGCACCUGGGCCCACUGCAGAUCUCUCUGGGCCGCAUGCUGCUUGAUAUCCUCAAGUUCCUCUUCAUCUACUGCCUGGUGCUUUUGGCCUUUGCCAAUGGCCUCAACCAGCUAUACUUCUACUAUGAAACACAGGCAGCUGAUGAGCCCAACCACUGCAAAGGCAUCCGCUGUGAGAAGCAGAACAAUGCCUUCUCCACGCUAUUUGAGACCCUGCAGUCCCUGUUCUGGUCAGUUUUCGGCCUGAUAAACCUCUAUGUCACCAAUGUAAAGGCUCGGCAUGAGUUUACAGAGUUUGUGGGGGCCACCAUGUUUGGGACCUACAACGUCAUCUCCUUGGUGGUGCUGCUCAACAUGCUCAUCGCCAUGAUGAACAACUCCUACCAGCUCAUUGCUGACCACGCAGACAUUGAGUGGAAAUUUGCACGGACCAAGCUGUGGAUGAGCUACUUCGAUGAGGGGGGCACUCUUCCCCCACCUUUCAACAUUGUGCCCAGCCCCAAAUCAGUAUGGUACCUGUGUAUCUGGGCCCAUGGGCGGCUGUGCAAACGGCAGGCACCUCCACAUCCCGAUAACCUCAAGGAGUUCACUGAUCGCCAUGCCGACAGCCUAAUACAGAAUCAGCAUUAUCAGGAAGUAAUUCGUAACCUAGUAAAGCGGUAUGUGGCUGCCAUGAUCCGAAGCUCCAAGACAGACGAAGGGCUGACAGAGGAAAAUUUCAAGGAGCUAAAGCAGGACAUUUCAAGCUUUCGCUACGAGGUCCUGGAUCUACUGGGGAACCGCAAGCCUCCACGCCAGACCUACACCUCCAACAACGAGACCACAAAAGCAAAUGCCAAUGAAGCCGUGGACAGUCAGGCAUGGGGAACAGUUGGGACUCCAGGUGAAGGAAGAAACUGGGUCAAGCCUAAGGGUGUGUCCUUUAGGCUGUCAAACUCCAAGACAGCAAAGUGGGAUUCAGUCUUCAGUGUCUCUGCCCUCUUUAAAUCCAUGACAGGCAUGGAGGUGCAAACAACAGUGGACAAAGCUAAAUGCAAUGGGGUAAGAAAGUCCUCCUCAUUUUCAUCCUCCUCCUCACUGGCCAGCAAUAGAGGUAAACUGCGGCGUUUGUCUGGAUCCAGGAGGAACUCCUUCAGGCAGCUUGGCCGGCUUUUCUCCCGCACAACCACUGGCCUACCAGGCCUUAACCCUGGACCUGCCCACAGCACUUCAGAUGGACUGUCACAGCCUGCUGCAGUGUUGCAGGACCAUAGGCCUAUUGCCACCGAGCAGGUGACACACAGUGAGAUGCACCUCAACCAGGUGGGUCUGGAUUCCCAGACCAAUGGACAGGGUACCUUACCUCCAUUACCCCCCCUGGGCUUGCCCCCUUCCCUGCACUGUGCUUCCAGCUUCACUGCCUCUAAUGAUCGCCUUUAUAACUCUAACAACGUUGUUUCUGAGGGCUGCUCAGGACCCUCUGAUGGGCAAGACACCUCAUUCAUUUGGGAGGGCCAAGAGGACUCUAUUACUACCCACCUGUAGGAACAAUAUGCCAGUGGAGGGGUGAAGAACCUGUUGAAUUACUAACCAGGGCUGGUGGCUAAUCUUCUGAAGCAGUAAACAAAUUAUUGUUUGCUUAGAAGUAAGCAGACAAUUAAAAAUUUAUAGAUAGUAAAGAGCUUAAUAAAUCCACUUGCAGUGAUAUUAACAA